CAAUAGCCCAAGGCAGACAGAAUGAUAAACCACAGAGAUACCGGGUGUCAGAUACGGAAGAAGUACUAGGAGAGGUCUUUUAGGAAUAUACCAACAGUUUCAAGUGCGUGUUUGAUUUGAUUCGUUGAACAAACCGUUUGUUAAGCAGGGUUUUGCAUUGAGAAUCUAUUUCAAAAAACGAUUAGAGACUAUUUGUAGAGUCACGCUUCUUUGUAGAAUGGUUUUAAAGAUGUUAUGGUUAUUCAAGCGAAAGAAGAAGGAUAAGACCCAAGUGGUUACUGCCAGUAUCCCAUUAAAAGGUGGCCGAAGUACUAAGCGCGGUUACCACAAGCUGAAAGCGGAAGCAGCUGGUGAGGACACGCCUACACUUCCUGUAAGUGAACCGGAAACUGACGGCACGAGCUCUUACAGCAGCACGGAUUAUUCAGACUAUGAUCAAGAUGCCGACACCGAAAGUGAUUACGACGAAGCCCUAACUUGUAAUGUGUGUGAUCGUUCAUUCCACUCAACUCGCCAGCUAGCUCAGCACCAGCAGAAGAAACGACAUUUUGGAUGCUCCAUCUGUGAUUCUAUUUUUCCCAACCUGAUGGCGCUAGAGUACCAUAAGGAGGCGUUGGAUCAUUGGUCUGAAGACGAAGCUAACACUAAUGAGAGUGGAAGUGACGACGACAGUGAUGAAGAAGAAGGCAAAAAAUCAGAGGAGUUGGAACGACUGUUGUGAAGCAGCUCUUCUUCCGUUGUAUUUUUCUUUUCCUUUUUUCAGUGGGCUGUAUCAAGGAAAGUUAUGUAGAAUGAAACAGUUGUAUUAUUAUAUACAAGUUGUUUAUAGCUAGCAGUAUUUUUAGUACUUGGGCAGAAAAAAAAGACUUCAAAGAUCAUUUUGUGGAUGUCCUAUUUCUUAACGUGUACUUUUUCCUCGUCACUAAUAGAAAGUAAAAAAUAAGAGAACCAUAUAUGUAAACAUUAUUUAAGUAGCAAUUGUAUAUGUUCUACUUGUAAAACCUGUACUUAAACUUUCGAAAAUCUGUAAGUAAUUUAUAUAUUUUUCAUUUUAACAGGUUUUAUCCUUUAUUUUUGCCAUGUAUUAGCGGUUUUCUAACACUCAAUUUUAUUCCAUGCAUAAAUGUCUUGUUCGUUUGAUUAAUUCUCGAAAACAAAACUUAAUGAAUAAUUACGCUCUAAAAGUUGCUUUUAUACUAAAAUUAUCUAAUAAAUAACAUUAUUUUAUGGUGAGUUAGCCUCCUCUGGUGACGUUCAAGAGUAAUAGAAGAAAUGAAGGGAUAUAAUUUUGACUGUCAAGGGUCCGUAUGAUUAUGAUAUUUUCAUGUGUGCCUGUGUUUCAGAGUGUAAAUAGAUAUAUGAAUCUUUAAACUAUAUUUUACAACUAGCUGCAGCUUAUAUGCGAUCAGCAGGAGACGUUGUUUUACUAGUUAAAGGUGUUGUUACAAGUGGAUUGUAAAAGCUGAUUAGCAGAAGGCGUGAUUUUAUUAAUUAAGGAUGUUACAAGUGGAUUGUAAAAUCAGGUUAUCAGGGGGCGUGAUUUUAUUAAUUAAGGGAGUUGUUACAGGUAGAAAUUGUGAAAUUAAGCCACUAUUUCAUGUCGGUUGUUUUGUUUUUUUUCAUAUUUUGAAACUGAUAUAUAUAUCUAUGUGUAUGUGUUUGAAACUGAAUGCUUAAUUUAUAACUACUCUUUUCAGUGGCACGAGCAAGGUAUUCGGUUUAUUUGUGAAAUGAUAAGAUUUUCCCCCAAUUGAUGUAUAACUGGCAGUAUGAAUAUAUAGAUAGUGUACCUUCUGUAAGUGCAUAUUGAAAAUCUAAGUAUACAGCAAAUGAUAAGUUGAACAAAAGUUAUUAUUUAUUUUCUUUUGUAUCAACAAAAUAUUUUACUAAACUUUAAUGGUAAUUAUAAAUGUAGUGAGAAAGGUGAUAUGUUCAAAUAAAAGAUGGAUUAUCCUAAAGGAGACUUUUGUGGGCAUAUUUAAAGCAAAUAAUAUAUUUAUACGAGUCUUGAAGAAACACAUCCAGUCAUUUAUCCAUAUCGUGUGUUCGAAUAAACUAAGAUGUAGUAGAAACUGAUGAUUUGUCUCCUGUGAAUAAUCUUGUUAAAUUUCGUCUUAGUUUUUUGUACUUUCACUUUUAAAUUUUCAACUUUUAAUUCAAGACAAGUCAACUUUAUUUUUGUUUGAAGUUAAAGAACUACAUAAACGCACAUUAGUUCGCCAUACAAUGAUUAGAUAUCGUAACACUGUCGGCGCGGAUAUAAUGAUUAACUUCUUAACUAUUUUGCCAAUGAAUGUAUGAUAUCAUACGACAUUAACGGUUAGGUUGUGAUAAUGGAGUGGCUUAAGUACUACGACUAACCUGGGCUUGAAUGUAAAAUUCUUUCAACUGGAGUAUACAAAAUAUCAUGACAUUUCCAUCUUAAUAAUAAAAGUAUAUCAUAAUUAGUUCUAAUAAGAGGAUUUAUGAAAUUUUAUAAUUGUGGCACAUAGCUAGUUGAAAAAGUGUGUGUGAAAUGUGUCACUGUCAGCUGUGCUAUAAUAAUGAAGUGAAUAAAACAACAAGCGAUGCCAGUUGAACGUAUAAGAUCCCUCAUACCUACGAAUUUAUUGAACAUUUCUAUCUCAUUUUACGCCCAAAUCAGAGUUUGUUUAUAUCUAGUCUUAAUAAUCCAGAAUUCUAGAGCUUAGCCAGAGAAGCUAACGAAUAUAUAUUUAGUAUUGCUAACGUACGUAGAGCUAUUUGUAGUUUUUGUGGACGCAGACGUUUUUAUCUGUAUACGAUAUAACUAUUUAAAGAUUUACUGUAAAGUCUAAAGAAAGUAAAUGUAAAUACUAGAAAGUAUAUUUCCAUGUAGCAUUUUGAAAUAUAUAUAUAUAGCAAGAAAUACGUGAACAAAUUACGUUUUUUUUUUUACUAUUUGCACGACCUUUAAUUAUGCUGAUGUGGUCGGAUUCCCUGGAAUCUUUUAUUAAAUAUAUUCACCUUCAGUAUUGAAGAAUAAUUAGAUUUAAACUAGAUUUAAAAAAAUGAAUAUGGUGUUGCACAUAUUUGUUAAGUAAAUGUUGUUAUUUAUACUCUUAUUUAAAGUAAAUCUUACUGUCAGAAAUUGUGAACCCUCAAGCUUGGCUUGUAGGUUUGUAUUUAAAAUUAAAAGGAAUAA